UGACAGCGUUAGCUGCUGGAAACAUUUUAGGUACCUCUUGUUCGUUUUUUAAAGUUUAGUCAGGCUUCUGCUUAGCUAACCAUUUGAUUUGUUUUUAUCGGGUCCACGCUAAGCUCAGGUAAUAUGCAAAACAACGAUAAACUACUGGCUAUUUUAUUGUCACCUAGCUAACUACUGUAGUUAGCAGGUGCGUCGCAUUAUAAAUAGUUUGCAUAACUAACAGUUAGCUACGUAAUGAGUCAACUAGCUACAGCUGAGCUGGCUGUAGUGCAUCAACUAUCAAGUCGUUUUUAUUCGUGUACAUUUAUGCCACGUUCACAUGCUAGUCUGAACUAGGAAACUCGGAAAUGUCCGACUACUAAUUAGUGUGAACGCGGCAUAUAUUAAUUGACGCGCUUUCUCUAAACAUUAACACGCAUCGCUUAUUGUAAGUUUUUGGAAACAUACGGAACGUGUCUUUCAUAUCAGCGAGAAAUCAUUUUCAAAAAACAAAAGGUUACAUUUACUACACCUUUUUAUAGGGUUAGUGUUCACACAUGGCCAUAUCUCCAUGUUACAUCGCAUGUUUACAUAAAAAAAUAGGCAGCCAACCUGUGCUAAUUAGUUAUCUGACGUGCCCCUGAACCCCUGUGUGUAAACAUAACUGGUGAGAAAGUGUAGUUCGUCAGUUGGAGGCACACAGUAUGUAGAUCUGUGCAAAACUGCUACAGGAAGUGUAGCUCUCAAACUCUAGGCGGCAAUCUGCCUUCUCCCUACAGUUUUCAGUCAUUAACUUCGCCCACGAUUACUGUGUGAACUACAAUCCCGACUCUAAUGUUUUAUAAAAAGUCAAUAAUCAUCGCUGUGAUUCGUCUUUCGAAACAUAUGGCACUUUCAUCAGCGAGAAAGAAUCCUUCAAAUAAAAAAGUUACUUACUCUAGCAGUUUUACAUAGUCGAGGUACAGCUUCAUCAAUCUAACUGGUGCCCCCUGCAUACCUACAGUAUAUGCAUACCCUGCAUACAUACCUAUAUAUAGCCUCGCUAUUGUUAUUUUAUUGCUGCUCUUUAAUUGUUUGUUACUUUUAUUUUUCUUUAGGUAUUUUUCUUAACGAUGUUGUUGGUUAAGGGCUUGUAAGUAAGCAUUUCACUGUAAGGUCUACUACACCUGUUGUAUUCGGCGCAUCUGACAAAUUACAUUUGAUUUGUAGGUGCCUCCAUCUGACUAAACUACACUUUCUUUACACUUCCCGAGUUACACUUACAUUCAGUUGUUUGGAGCAUGCUAAUUAGCACAGGUGGACCCCUUGUCUUCCGUAAACAAGUUCUGGAACAUGGAGAUAUGGCCAUGUAGGAACACUAACCCUAUCAAGGCGUGUAUCAAUUUAAACUUUUGUUAAAAAAUAUAUUUCUUGCUGAUAUGAAAGAAAAGGUCCUUAUACUUCCCGAAACUGUAGUUUUUGUGUCUUUUACAUUUGGUUUUGUACACCAACUUCAAACAGCUGAAAAUACAAUAUUUUUUGUUAAUGAGAAUAUAUUUCACAGUGGUUUAAUAGUACAAUGAUUGCUUGUUUUGUCACAUAUACUGAAAUUAGGCAGACUUAGAAUUUUAGCGACCAUGAAAUGGAGGAGCGGUUUCUGUAUGUUGCACCUUUAAUGGUAAAGUCAAUCUCAAGAACUAGCCAGAAAUAUGCAUACCAUCAAAUAGUGGAUCAUAAAACAUAAACAAUGGAGCAAAUCCCUUGAUUACAUUUUCACUUGGCUACUACGGGUUAUAAUAUUUGCACCUAUUUCAGUCCAAGUUGAGCACUGCCAAUAACUGUAUGCAAUGUUCUACUAUAUGCGGCAUAAGUGUAAACCAUCUUUGCUAUAGCUUUCAGCCAGCUGUAGACGUGGAAAGAUGCAGGGCAUAGACAUCCUGGAGAACUUUGAGAUCUACAUCCCCAAAGAGGCAGAGGUGAAAAUCACCUCUAUUCAGACUCUGCCAACCUCCAUCUUGAGAAGGAUGGGGGUGCCCCACUCUCAGGGUGAGAGUGCAAAGAGAGGGUCCUCGCCUUUGGCCAUGUGGAUCUCGCCAGUGGUCAUCCGAGAGAGAGGCUGUUCACCGACCAGCCCCACAGUGGACACUGCCAAGAUUAACCUGGCCUCACUGGUGACCACAGAACCCAAGGCAGCUCAGGGUCCCUUCUUGAUGCCAUUCGUCUCCUCCAGCGGCACGGCCUUCAAUGUCCUCAGGGAGUUCUUGCCCUCCAGACAGAACUUCCAGCAGGGUACUGCCACCCAGAUUGAACCCAUCCCCCAUGGCCUGCCCUCUGUCCCCCACCAGGAUGCCAUCAUCAUCCACAAGGGGAGGAUCUUCCUGUCAAUCAAGAAAGCAAAGACUGUCAGAGGAAAGAGGCAGCACAGCCCUGACCUGGAUAACUCGUUGUCUUCCGAGGCCCCUCAGACCACACAGCGAAAACUGAUGUUCCUCUCACCUGCCAAGAAGAGCCAGAAGUCCUGCCCCGCAUCUCCAAAGCCGUCUCCUAAAAAGCCCCAGGGGAAGUGGGCAUUGCUGCAGAGGUUCGGCCUGACCCACCAAGUCCAGGUGAAGUUGUCCAGAAUCCCCCAGGGGGACAUUGCGCCACAGCAGACUGCCGAACAGGGUCACUCAGCGGAAGAGGAUCCUAACACAGAGCAAGAUCAAGUCAUACGGAAGUUAUUGAACGCCAACAGGUUGUUAAAGGAGACACCUGGCAGAUGUCCUGAACAGGAGAUGGAGUUGGUGACUCAAGAGGAAGACAAGCCUUUGAAUGAGGAGACCCAAGAAUCAUUAUCAAAGACAGCAAAUCGGCACCCUUGCUCAAGCGAAGGCUUUCAGGGCAGAGGUGGGAUUACCAGUGAGACAGAUGAUGAUGCUCAGGAGGAGGAGGAGCCUGAGGAAGAGGGAUGUCACAAUUUGGGUAGUGUCAAACAACGACGAGUUGAAGACAAAGGUAAGAGUGGGGCAGAGGGCCAAGCCACCAAUGGGGAUGAGUCUGAGGUGGAAGAUCUCUCUGUUACGGCUGUUGCUUUGAGUGACAGCUCACCUCCACCAGAGGCCCUGAAUGCAGACCAAAGCAGUGAUACGGUUAUGCAAGUUGACUUCGCGGGGGACAGUGUUCAGAGUUGGACGGCGGAGUGCCCAAUCAUACCCGCUCUAGCCCCCACCCCCAAAGAGCACCAUGGUUUUGACUUUGAGCAUUCGGCCCGUGAGGAGAGGAUCAACCGUAUCAGGGCCAAACUGAGAGAGAGAGAGGCUGCCCUCAACAACCUACGCUCUCCAAGUUGACUGUCUCCAAAGUGGGAAACAGUUAUUUCUAAGGGCCCUCACAGGUGUUGAAUGGCAUGAACGAUUAUUCCACACACUUUCAUUUAAGCGCUGCUAGAACAUCCAUUGUGUAACUGGUAAAGUAUUAUUAUUAUUUGAAUUUUUUUUGGAACCAAUAAACUUCUCCACUCCUUAUCUUUCAAGACCUGUGAUCCAUCAUCUUAUGAUGGGCAAAAAAAAAUUACGUUAGAAAUAACUCAAAUCUAAAUUCUAUAAUUUUAUUAGAAAAUUCAGAAGGACUUUUUACUUUUCGUUUGAUUAUAUCUGAUGUGAAAACAGCGUUUGUUUGAUCAAACUUGCCCAGCUAUCGAAUUUGAAGAUUGGUUAUUAGAGUUGCAGUUAUUCUUUUAGGGCACGAUUCAGACUUUUUUUUACACAUUUUGAUUUUGCGCACUUCUCAGUUGUUGGUGUUCAGAAUUGAUGGGCUUUGCAGGUGUGGCUCCCUUGCGCUCACUGAAUAAAUAUAAUUAAAAUACUGAAAACCCUCCCACUUGCUGGCCAACAGAUUUUCUUGUUGAGGAUUCAUUUAAAUACUGUGUACCUUUUUAAAGCUACAAUAUGUACAUUUUUGACCAGACCAAAUUCUCAUAGAAAUUUGUUUUAUAGAUCUGUCAUUCUCAUUGAAAGUAAGUCUAAAAAGCAGUUCUAUGUGCGCCAUUUCUAUGCUUCCCGUUCGUAAGUUUAGAUUUAGCGUCUUUCGGUUUUGUACACCAGAUUCUGACAGCUGGUUUAGAUGGUACAAUAAUUCUCUACACCAAACAUUGCUUGUUUUGUCACAAUCUGAAAUAAGGCAAACUUCGAAUUUUAGCAACCAGAAAAUGGCAGAGCAGUUUCUGAAUAUUGCACCUUUAAUUCAAAUUUUCUCGACAUACUCAUUAGAAUAUAUUGAGAGAACGAGAUCAGAAUAGGGAUCAAUGAAAGACACAAAUACUGCGUUGUCUUGUCUGUGUUUUUAGGGUUGUUGUGCUGUUGGAAGGGGAACCUUUGCCACAGUGUGA